GCGGUCGCGCCUCUGGGGCCGGGCCGGGCCUUGGGGGGACCGGGACGAGGCAGGGCCGGGCCGGCGGCGGCCGGGGGACCGCGACGAUGACUCUGGAGUCCAUGAUGGCGUGUUGCCUGAGCGACGAGGUGAAGGAGUCGAAGCGCAUCAACGCGGAGAUCGAGAAGCAACUGCGGCGGGACAAGCGCGACGCCCGGCGCGAGCUCAAGCUGCUGCUGCUCGUGUGGUCUGGUCUGCAGGGCACCGGCGAGAGCGGGAAGAGCACGUUCAUCAAGCAGAUGCGCAUCAUCCAUGGCGCCGGUUACUCAGAGGAGGACAAGCGCGGCUUCACCAAGCUGGUGUACCAGAACAUCUUCACCGCCAUGCAGGCCAUGGUGCGCGCCAUGGAGACUCUCAAGAUCCUCUACAAGUAUGAGCAAAACAAGGCCAACGCACUCCUGAUCCGGGAGGUGGACGUGGAGAAGGUCACAACUUUCGAGCGUCAGUAUGUAAAUGCCAUCAAGACGCUGUGGAGCGACCCUGGCGUCCAGGAGUGUUACGAUCGCAGGCGGGAGUUUCAGCUUUCGGACUCGGCUAAGUACUACUUGACAGACGUGGACCGAAUCGCCACGGUCGGCUACCUGCCCACCCAACAGGAUGUGCUGCGGGUGCGUGUACCCACCACUGGCAUCAUCGAGUACCCGUUCGACCUGGAGAACAUCAUCUUCAGGAUGGUGGAUGUGGGCGGGCAGAGGUCAGAGCGCAGGAAGUGGAUCCAUUGCUUCGAGAACGUCACGUCCAUCAUGUUUUUGGUGGCCCUAAGCGAAUAUGACCAGGUCCUGGUAGAGUCAGACAAUGAGAACCGCAUGGAGGAGAGCAAGGCACUGUUCCGCACCAUCAUCACCUACCCCUGGUUCCAGAACUCCUCGGUCAUCCUCUUCCUCAACAAGAAAGACCUCCUGGAGGACAAGAUUCUGCACUCGCACUUGGUCGAUUACUUCCCCGAGUUCGAUGGGCCUCAGCGGGACGCGCAGGCCGCGCGCGAGUUCAUCUUGAAGAUGUUCGUGGACCUGAACCCCGACAGCGACAAGAUCAUUUACUCCCACUUCACGUGCGCCACUGACACCGAGAACAUCCGCUUUGUGUUCGCCGCCGUCAAGGACACCAUCCUGCAGCUGAACCUGAAGGAGUACAACCUGGUGUGACCGGCACGGCCGCCUCCAGCCGCCGCCUCCGUGUCCACUCACCCGACCUGAGGGGCCUGGGCGCUCCGGGCCGGAGCGUCUCUCUUCCCGCUCACUUCCUGUCCCUGUCACCGUCCUCAAGGGCAGGAGUGGCCUCUUUUUGGCCUUGACUCCCUGUGGCUUGAGUUGUUGGUUUUUUUUUUUUGUUUUUUUUUUUUUUUCUAGAAAAACAAAAACAAAAAAAAGGAAAAACAUGUGAACAGCAGUGUGCCCCCUGCCCAGGGACUCCCCACAGCCACAAGGCUGUCAAGGUCUGCGCCACUGCAGUCCGAGCUCUCGGGCCUGAGUUUGAGUCCUUAUCCCCCAAGAAGGCUGGAGGCUUGGGGACCACAGACUGUCCCUUUUGUAAGUUAUUGAUAUCCCGUAUGCCCUCAGGGCCCGCACCAUCCGCUCCCUAGACUCCAAGAAGUGGGGGUGGGCGGCCCUGUGCCCACCCUGGGAAGUGCCUAAUUGUUCUUGUUUUGUUUUUGUUUUUG